AAUGAUUCACGGGAAGUGUAGAAGUUGCUUUUUAUUGAGAAAAUAAUAUUGGGAAUCCCAAAUGUUACCGGGGCUUUCCCAUAUAUUUCAGAUGUGACGAAUGUACAAAUUGAGUAUGUUGCAGAAACCAUGUCCUUCAAUACUGCUUUUUCUUGCGUUCUGAAAGAGUCUACCGGUGCUUUUUGGUUUAUUUGUCUACUGUAAACUAACCGUGAAGUGUUGUUUUGUAUACGGAAUUCCAGGGGAAAGCUUCUAUUAAACAAUCAUCUAAUAAUUUCACUAUUUUUGCUAGAGGUGUUCAUAUCAUAACUAUGGCAGAAGGGGACUCAAUGAGUAUGAAUUAUCUUGAAAAUGUUAACACUACAGAUCUUGUGGAAAUGCUAGGAGACGCAGCUUCUUUAUCAGAGAUGUUGUCAGCACCUUUUGGCUCCAAAAGUGCUGAACUUGAAAUUCUGGAGCAGCCCAAACAGAGAGGAUUUCGUUUUCGAUAUUCAUGUGAAGGUCCUUCUCAUGGUGGCCUGCCUGGUGAAAAUUCCGUCAAGGGAAAGAAGACAUCCCCUACUGUACAGAUUGUGAAUUAUCAUGGAAAAGCUCGAGUGGAAGUUUCAUUGGUGACAACAUCUGAUCCACCAACUCCUCAUGCUCAUAGCUUAGUAGGGAAGAAUGUAGAUGGAGCAUGUGUAGUUGAAGUUAGUGAAGACACUGGAAUGACUGCAGUUUUUCAGAAUUUGGGAAUUCAGCAUGUGACCAAGAAAAAUGUCAAAAAUGUGUUGAAAGAGAGACAUCUUAAACGACUAAGUCUUGAGAAGACAUCUAUAAGUCAAUCAUCCAAUUUGUUGUUGAAUGUACAUACAAAUGUUGACAGUGAAAGAAUUGCUGAAGUGAUCACAAAUGAAGAAAUUGCGAAGAUCGAUCGAAUUGUAGAACAAGAAGCCAAAAACAUGAAUCUUAGUUCAGUACGGCUUUGUUUUCAAGCUUAUUUACCGAAUGAGAACGGAUAUUUUGAAACAUGUCUCAAUCCAGUUUACUCGAAUCCAAUAUAUGAUUCAAAGGCGGCCGCUGCAGCCGAACUGAAAAUUUGUCGAGUUGAUAAGCAAUCAGGUUUCGUUCAAGGCGGUGAAGAAGUUUUCUUACUAUGUGAUAAAGUACAGAAAGAAGACAUUGAAGUACGAUUUUAUGAAGAACAUACUGAUGAUGAUAUUGCAAACAUAAAAGAACCCUGGGAAGCAUUAGCAAAGUUCUCGCAUACUGAUGUUCAUCGACAGUUCGCAAUUGUUUUUAAAACACCGGAAUACUGGAAUACGGCUAUAGAAAAACCCGUGACAGUUUUAAUGGAAUUACGACGAAAAAGUGACAACGAACGAAGCGCACCUUUUGAAUUUGUUUACAAGCCACGAGAAUUUGAUACUGAUCAGAUUGGUGCAAAACGACGAAAAACCAUUCCAUAUUUCGACCAAUCAGCGCCAACUACUACACAGGCCAACGAUGCUGCUUCUGGGCCUUCAGCAGCUGUGACGUCAUCGGCGGCAAAUCCCUCUUUCAUUAAUCCAAAUUUUUUCAAUCCUUAUCCUGCGUUUGCUGGUCUUCCAUUUCCUGGGUUAUUUGGCAAUACUUUUCCAAGUCUAUCUUCAUUUCCUCCAUUGUUUGGUAUUCCCGGGGCAGAUGGAACGCAGCAACAACAAUAUCAAGUUCCAGAAGGACAAGAGUCAUCGAGCAGCAGUAAUGUUUCGUAAUGCAAGCUUUUGUUUAGAUAGUUUUUCAUAAUAUAUACAGAGCUGGAAAAAAUGCAUUUAUGAAAAGGAAAAACUAAUCAGAACUAAGCGAAGUUAUCGAUUGGAAAAUCUUGUCUUCUGUACUUGUAAAAACAUGUCUUUGAAAGCAUACCAACCUAGUUUGCAGAAAAUUGGAGUAAUGUCUCUAUUUCCAUACCUCUUGGUCCGUGUUAUGAACCUGGUUUCUCUGUACAUAAAUAAUGACGCAGGAAACCUGUUAAAAUUACUCCAAUGGUUUGGAAAUUCUGUGUAUAAAAUACGCAAUAGUUUUGCAUGAACGUCCGAUUCGUACUUAUUUUGUAAAUAUAAAAGUGGUUGAAAAGCACUAAAACAUUGUCAAACUUUCUCCACUGUAAGCUGAACGUGUAAAAAUAAUGCUAUAAUGUGAAAAAGAAGCAUUUGUUCUCGCAAAUUAAAGUCAAUAUUUGUUACUGCCUAA